AUGGACGGAUUGAUCGGAAGAGAUUUAAUCACAAUUGAAGUUGAAAUGUUGAGAGCCUUGUAUCCAGAGGAAGAAGGUCUUUUAAAAGUUGAUAAUUACUUGGAUUCGGAGGAUUAUAAUGAAGGGAAACCAUUGAAACUUUUUAUUACAAUUUCUCCAAGUACUGGAUUGGACGAUGCGACACAAUUUGUAUCAUUGCAAAUUUGUUUUAAUAUUUCAAAUCUUGAUGAGUAUCCAUCAUGUUUGUUGAAGGAGGUUAGUUCGAAUAGAAAAGGAUCGAGUGAGGAUCAAAAUUAUUUUAUAUCAAUUCCUUGGAGAAGAGGUUUAUCCGAAGUUCAAUGUAAUUACAUGCUUUCCUAUUUGUAUAAGAAGGCUCAACAAUUAAUUUCCGAAUCAGAGGAUUUUUCAUGCUCUCCACCUGUUUAUAAUUUAUUAGAGGAAGCGAGAGAAUAUUUGAACAAUGAAAAUGCAAGACAAUUGGAGGUUAGCAGAUGUUCUGUUUGUUUGGAUGGAUUUUCUGGAAGUGAGGCCUUUAUCAAAUUGCCAUGUUAUCAUAUUUUCCAUACCAAUUGUUUGAAAACUUGGUUUUAUCACAAGUGUAGAGACAGAUAUGAUCGUUAUUUGGUAUUGAUGGAUAGAGAUGACAGAGGUGUGACAAGCGGAGGUGAAGAAACACCAACUCAACCAGAAAAUGAACCACUUUCAGGCUCUGAUUCUCCAAUUGUAUUUGAUGCAUCAUGGAAAGAAAAUAUUCUCAAUCAUGAUUCUAUUUUCACUUGUCCUAUUUGUUUGGUCACUAUUCCAGUAACAGUUGUGGAGCAACAAUUGGAAGUUAAGAAGGAUGAUAUUAUCAAUCAAUACAAGAAGGAGAAGAAAAAGGAAGAUCUGGAACGAAAGAAGGAACUAAAACGGUUGCUUGCAUUGCAAGAGCAACAAAAACCACAACCACCUCCUCAACCAAAACCAGUUCCUGUCAUCAACAAGGAGAUACCAAAGAAAAAGAAGGAACAAAAAGGAGGAUGGAAUGGUAAAUCUGAACUUUAUGGCGUGGAAAUUGAGGGUUUAACAUAUAGUAACAAUAGUAACAAUAUUGGAGUGAAACAAAAGGAAAAGGUAUUCACUGAUUUGAAGGAAGUAGCCAGAGUGAGAAUGACCAAUAUGGGAACAACAACUGGAAGAGGUCCAAGAAAAAUCACCUUACUUGCUGAAUUCGUUUCCCUCGAAUUAGCAGAAAAAUUCCAAAGAGAAUUCAACAAUAAGAGUAUCUAUGAUGAAACUGUCACAUGUUCCCUUGCUGCCAUCCAACCCACAACGGCUAGCAUUGAGAAGAGCAAACCAGCUUCAAGUAGCAGCUCGACAAGUAAUUCGAAUGAAAAAACCAAAAACCAAGAAAAAUAA